UGUACAAGAAAUAUAUUAUCAGCAGACGCUUAAAACUUUGAGAUACAAACAAGUAUCAAUACCAACCUUUGAGCGAGCUGUCGAAUACUGUUUUCGAGCUCAAACUGAAACUGAACUAUUCCAGAAGAAAUAUCAAG